GAAGAAGCCCAAAUGAGGGCACUUCCGCCCUUUUCCAAGAUGGCGCCAGCGGAAGGGGCAGGAUACCGCCGAGAGACGAUGGCAGCGUCGAGGCUGGAGCUGAACCUGGUGCGGUUGCUGUGCCGCUGCGAGGCGAUGGCAGCGGAAAAGCGGGACCCGGAGGAGUGGCGUCUGGAGAAGUACGUGGGAGCCCUCGAGGACAUGCUGCAGGCCCUGAAAGCCCAGCCAAGCAAACCAGCCUCUGAGGUGAUCAAUGAAUAUUCCCGCAAGGUAGAUUUUUUGAAGGGGAUGCUGCAGGCAGAGAAGCUGACCUCCGCCUCAGAGAAGGCACUCGCGAACCAGUUUCUGGCCCCCGGCCGUGUACCAACCACAGCCAGGGAGCGGGUACCCGCCACGAAGACAGUGCACCUGCAGUCGCGGGCUCGGUACACCAGCGAAAUGAGGAGUGAGCUGCUAGGCACGGACUCUGCUGGAGAGCCCCAGCUGGAUGUGAGGAAGAGAGUCGGGGUGACAGGGCCUAGACCAGGGGAUGAGAAGCAGUCGGCAGCCGAGCUAGACCUUGUCCUGCAGCGACAUCAGAACCUCCAGGAGAAGCUGGCAGAAGAGAUGCUAGGCCUGGCCCGAAGCCUCAAGACCAACACACUGGCUGCUCAGAGCGUCAUCAAGAAGGACAACCAGACCCUGUCGCACUCCCUCAAGAUGGCCGACCAGAACCUGGAGAAGCUGAAGACCGAGUCGGAGAGGCUGGAGCAGCACACACAGAAGUCCGUCAACUGGCUGCUCUGGGCCAUGCUUAUCGUUGUCUGCUUCAUCUUCAUCAGCAUGAUCCUCUUCAUCCGCAUCAUGCCCAAACUCAAAUAAAGGCCUGUCCCGGCCCAUGCGGGCUGUCUUCUG